GCUGUAUCGAGUUGUAUUCAGUUAGUAGAUGUGAUAGGCCAGUUACAUGGAUAUCGAGUAUUAGUGCAGUGUGGGAUCUCUGAAGUGUUAUGUUGGGGAGUGAGUCGGAAGGAGCGGCGGAUUCAAGUAUCUUCAUUGAUGUUAAUAGGGCAUAUCUUUGAUAGUGACAUCCAUUCAAUUAAUCCGCAAGCUUUAGCACUCUUAACAGAGAAGAUGGUAAGUAUAGUAGAGAAUGGAUUACAUGAAGGAGUCUGUUACGCUAUUUGGGACUUAAAUCUGUUGAUCUCAAAUUUGCAGCGGGAAGUCGCUUUCUUGUUUGGAAGGGUCGUCAAAGCGGUGAUUGCCGUCGUGACAAAAAACGUGUUGAUUAAACCGGCAGUCUUACAAAAGAAUGUCGUUAUGAUAAUGACAACUAUCGGAGCUUUGGACCCGGAAAUAGUCGUCGACUACUUAGCUUUAUUAACCAGUGAAGAGACUCUCCCACACGUCUUAACUAUUCCUAACGAAUUCAUUCGAUUUAAUGUCCUUCGGUUGCUCGGGGUCUUGAUUUGUUUAAAGCCACAAAAUUGUUUGAAGAACGUCAGUUGUAUAGGAAGAAUAUAUACUGAAGCUUUAAAACAAUACCCACAUCUCAUCGAAAUAUGGUCGAAAAUCCAAGCCGCCUUCGCCCCUUUCAAUUUAUGA